ACGCUCUGUCGGUCACGGUCACGGGGUAGCAGAAGUCUAUUCUCAAGUGCCUUGUUUUGUAGGGUCAGGUGAGCAUAGGUCUGUAGAUCACGGUUUAGUUUGUUUACUGGUACCUUCUUGACUAUAUUCUACACAUAACCAAGACUUGGUCAACAUGAAAAAUUGUUUCAUUUUAGUGGCCUUUGCAGCUUUGCAAGUGAGCGGCAUCAUCGAAGCUCAUGUGUGCAUUAUCUACCCACGGCAACGAGGGGACUUCAACAUAUCCACGGCUGGGAAUCCUACAUGCACGCGUCAUGUAGCUCCUUGUGGUGGGUUAGAAGCUGAAAACCCCAAAGUAUCGUAUGUGGGAGGAAGUACAAUCUUCGUUAAAUUUCAGCAAAAUUACAACCACUAUGAAUUAGGAUAUCCAGGGUACAUGGAUAUAGCUUAUGCUAUGGCUACAGAUAUGAAUGAUUUCCACGUGGUAGCAAUUAUUGGUGAUGUGAAUGAGUAUGCCCAAAGCCAUCAGCGUAACUAUAGCAUUCCAAUAAUGAUCCCCAACAUAGACUGCCCUCACUGUGUUAUUCGACUCCGUUAUUUGAGCCACAAGCCUAGUGAACACAUCUUUUACCAAUGUGCCGACGUCAAGAUAAGUAAAGCAAGCAACACACAACCAGGCUACGUCCACUUCCCCGAGGAUGGAAAUGUUGUGCCUCUAAAACGAGCUCACAAACUGCAUUUGCAAAGCAGAGAAUUGCAAUUGAAACAUGGUGCUGAAUUGGGACAGAAUUACAGCAAGCCUCUAUAUGGGUUUUCAUGGCAACCUUUUUCGCACAAGGGAAGCGCCAUGAUGUCUGUCGAUCCGAUGUCUGGUUUGACAGAGAAACUAGAAGGGUUUUAUUUUGGCAUGGGAUCAGGGAUUCAGUAUGCAACGAUUUCACCAACGGUGCAGAGCAAUAAGUAUCUUAUGGAUGGCAUAGUGGCUUAUUCCCCAGAGAUCCCAUAUGCUUUCUUCUUGGAGCAUAGGAAUGGAGGCCUAGACGCCCCAGCCAACAAGAUACUAUGGAUUGACUUGUAUGCUAAGGAAAUUGCUGGGGAGUAUGAGAUCCAAAUGAGUAACCCACAGCCAAUCGUUGCUUUGACGCCUUAUAAGCGAACAGACUUCCUCACGUUACAAAUUGUAGAAGUGGCUACAUUUCCUGGCAACUUCACAUUGAAUUUUGGGCGUCUUUCGUAUGAGGGCAAAGUGUACAGUGACUACCAGUCUUCACCAGAGAAUAAGUAUGUAAACUUGCAGUGGGCAACGUCGGAUCUGACACACCAGAUGUACUACAUUCUCAUGCAACACGAGGAUAAACCUAUCGAGCUGCCAUCACGUGUAUACAGCUACAAUUUUACUACAAUGAAUCUUGAUAGAGUUGUUGACCUUGAUGUGAGUCGGUUCACCAUCUCAGGCUUCCAAGUGUACGAGAAAACAGGCCAGCUUCUAGCCUUUUCCCCAGGCUUAUUCAGUCACGAUUUGCCUGCAUGGAGUCUAGUUGAAGUGGAUCCAGUAAAUGGAAAAAUCACAAAAUUGAUGGAUAUAGCACCAGCAGGAAUCUUUACUCAUUAUUAUGGAGGCAACAUUAUCAACAUGGACCAGGAGAAUGGCAUCAUCUAUCAUGUUCUUAAUGUGCAGGACUCGGAGGCACAGGUCAUUGUAUCUGUCACCAUGGAAACUAAGCAAGUUAUGUUCUCACAACUGACCAAUCUAAGACAUGUCCACAACUUGGCAUUCCCUACCAUAUCUUAGUUAUUAGUGGAAAGUUCACUAAACACAUUUUUUUAAAUUUGGAAAUACAGUACCAGAAAAUGAAACUAAAAUAUUUUUUUAAAUAAAUGUAAUGUAAAUUUCAUGUAAAUAACAUUUUGUUUUAAUUUAUAUAAAUUUCUGAUAAAGAAAAGUGCAAAAAAAUGUCUAUAAAUAAACAGGAAUAAUAAUAAUCUUUUAUUCUUUUUCAAUUAAUUUACCCUUAAUGAAUAAAGUACUUUCAUAACUGUUGUGCAAGAAGAAAUGUUUGUGUGAAUCAAAAUAAAAAAUUCAUAUUCUUAUAGAUAAUUAAA